AAGAGAUGAGAUGCUUGAGGGCGCACUCGUUUCUACAAGCAGCAGCAAUAAUCAUGGCGACAAUGAAAGAAGCAGUGUCAUUGUACGAUGUUUUGAGUAAAGAAUGGAAGAAGAAGAAGCCGAAUUUAGACAAAUGUGGAGACAUACUUCAAAAGCUUAAGAUUGCCCUCCUAAAGUUGUCAUUUUUGCCAACUGAAGAAUGUAAACCAUCACAGAAGGAAUUAAUCAUUGCAAGGGGAAUACUUGAAAUUGGUGUCCAGUGGAGUGUUUUGAAAAGUGAUACAGCAUCUUUUGAACGCUACAUGGCACAAUUGAAACCAUAUUAUUUUGACUAUAAAGAUGAAAUCCCAGAAUCUGCUUACAAACUUCAACUUCUUGGCUUAAAUCUUUUGUACCUUUUAUCACAAAAUAGACUUGCAGAGUUUCAUACGGAAUUAGAGCUUCUUCCAGCUACAGAAAUCCUGAAUAAUAUUUACAUCAAACACCCAGUGUCAAUGGAACAAUAUUUAAUGGAAGGUAGUUACAACAAGGUGUUUCUUGCUAAAGACAAUGUACCAGCUGAAAGCUACAACUUCUUCAUUGACAUUUUACUGGAUACAAUCCGGCUAGAGAUUGCUGCUUGUGCUGCUAAGGCCUAUGAAAGAAUCGCCCUGAAUGAAGCUACAAGGAUUUUAUUUUUUAGCAAUGCUAGGGAAGCAAAAGCAUUUGGAGAGGCACAAAAUUGGAAUUUAAAGGAUGAUGGGUAUUUGUACUUUAGUAACGAUGAGAAGAAAGCAGAUGAGGUGAUACCAGCGUGCGAGUUAGCUGAGCAGACGAUAGAGUAUGCCCGGGAAUUAGAGAUGAUUGUGUGAGACAGCCAAACUCUUAGGAUGAUUUGAUCUUAGUUCAUUGAAAUUGACAGAGCAUAAUUAUAUUAUUAGUGCUCUAUUUUGUUAUUAAUUUUGCCUCCUUCAUAUUCUUAACUUAAAUGACAGUUGAGAAUAUGAAGGAAUCACAGAAAAUAAUUACAAUCACGAAAAUUCUUUUCUGCAUAUUAACUAAACAAAUAAAUAUUGCAGACUUGCAUCUAAAUGUAUGAACAUAAAUGUAUUUAUUUCUUGACAGAACAAGUUCCUAAAAUUGCAUUGCAUGCACAGAAUUAAAAGUUGGCAUCUUUAUGAGAUAUGUAAUUGUACUUGUAAGGGUUACUUUGUCUCAUUAUUGUAAGAAAAAUUCAACUUGUCUACAAAUGUUUUUUAAAGAAUUAAACUGGACUUCAAACGCAUUGAA